CCACCAAACUUUACAAUGAAGUAGAUCGACUGUUUGAAUCGGAAGAAGUUUCUACUUUUUUCAAAAGAAUGGAUGUAAAGGCACUUAAAGGGGCUAAAGAGGAAUUGUUAGUUGAGAAGAAGUCGCUGUAUGGAACAGAAGUCCAGCUUACCGUUGAAGAUGACAAAAUACUCACUGCUUCAUCUUCGAAAUUGAAUAUUUUAGGAACUAGUGUUGAGACUUCCGAAAGAAAUUAUGAAGAUGAUAAGGAAUCUGACUCUAAAGUCAUUAUGAACGCAGGAAAGCGUCCAAUCAGUUUAGAAUCCAGCCCACAAACUGAAUCCAUGAUAGAUGCAGAAAAGAGUGUCAAUGAUACGAUUAAAAAGCUUUUACCAUCUAAGGAUCUAGAGGAAAUCUGGAGAUUGGUCAUGGAUCGUUUGAAUAAAAAAAACAUAAAAGUUCAAUCAAUAGAAUCAAGAAUAAUUGACUUAACGAAUUGGUCAUGCGUUGAUUGGUCACGAAUUCUGAAGACUGAAGAUAAAGCGAAAUUAUUCAGAACUUGUCAGCAAAAAUUAUCAAAAGAUCGAAUUGAUAAGAAUGUUAUUGAUUUAAUCGAUAAUUCUGGAACCAGCAUUAGAAAUUUAGAUGGUUUGAAACAAUUAAAAGAUAAGCUGUCAAACAUCGGAUCUGAAGAUGGAAAUUUAUCAGCUGAAAUUGUUUCAUUUUUUUAUAAGUGUUGCAGACGUGAAGUAAAUAUAUUAUCUCAUCCAAUCCGAGAAAGAGACUAUAUAUUAAGAAUUAUGUCACCUAUCUUAACUGAUCUGUUGGAGGAAUAUGAUAGCGGUCGUUUCCAAACAUAUUGGAUCGAAAAAAUAUCUAAAGCAGUGCAAACUAGAAAAAGACGUAAAAUCCAUGCAGAAUACGUUAAGUUUGGAAACGAGUCGACUAAAGUGGAUGUUGUUGUAGAGCUACGCAAUUAUGGUAUCGAAUUAGUAUCUGUGGAAGUCGGCAACACUGAAACGAACAACGAUGAUUUGAAACUACGUGAAGAUCACACAGCAUUGAAAAUAGAACUGAAGGAUAUGAUGGAUAACUUCCGUGAUGAGCUUCAUUUUAAAAAGAAAGAUUUGGCUGAAAUCUUUGUCAUGGGAAUCCAAGUAACUGAAGUUGCUACACUAGUUAUCCCAAGGUCCAUGUCGGCAAUGGAAGAUUUAUUGGGACCGUUAAUUAAGAACCUCCUGGGAUUUAGACAUACAUUGUUAAUGCUUAACAAAAUAGUUACAAGCAAGGCAAUAGCUCGUCAAUCUACACCUUCCCCACCUUCAUCACCUCCACAUCAAACCUCUGAAACUCCAGAG